AGAGCUUUGUGAUUUCUUUUUCUUUGCCAAGAUACAUAAAUGCAGGUUGUUGUUGUAUAGUGGAUGCAGCGUUGAAAGGGACACAACACUGCAGCCCGUGUACAAUCCCAUUUCCCAGCCACAUCACCGUGCAGUUUGUCUAUGGAAUUACUAUGAAAAGUGUGUGACUGUGCUGCGUCACUUACGGAGAAUGAACACACAGAUGGACUGGAGGAGCCUGGCCUCCCUCCUGCUUUUCCCCGUGCAGAUGGUUUUCUACGUGGUGAAAGCCGCCGUGUUGCUGCUCCUGCCGGCCAGGCUGAGGGAGUUGAGCCGGGACACGGUGCUCAUAACCGGGGGAGGCAGGGGAAUCGGCCGCCACCUCGCUCUGGAGUUCGCCAAGCAAGGGGCGAGGAAGAUCAUCAUCUGGGGACGGACUGAGAAAUGUCUGAAGGAGACCUGCGAAGAGAUUCGGAGCCUGGGAGUUGAGUGUCACCACUUUGUCUGUGAUAUAGGGAAUAAGGAGGAAGUUUACCAGCAAGCUAAGGCUGUACGGGAGAAGGUGGGUGAUGUCACCAUCCUGGUCAACAACGCUGCAGUGGUUCAUGGCAAGACUCUAAUGGAUAGCGACGAUGAUGCAUUACUGAAGUCCCAGCACAUCAAUACACUUGGCCAGUUCUGGACUACGAAGGCCUUCCUACCUCGGAUGUUAGAGCUACAACAUGGGCACAUUGUGUGCAUGAACUCUGUGCUGGCACUGUCUGCUAUUCCAGGGGCCAUUGAUUACUGCACUUCCAAAUCCUCAUCCUUCGCAUUCAUGGAGAGUCUGACCCUGGGCCUGCUUGACUGCCCUGGGGUCAAUGCUACAACAGUGCUCCCUUUCCACACCAGCACGGAGAUGUUUCAUGGCAUGAAGACCAGAUUUCCCAAGCUGUUUCCUCCCCUGAAGCCAGACAUGGUUGCUCGCCGGACAGUAGAAGCAGUACAGACUAACCAGGCCCUCCUGCUGCUACCCUGGACCAUGCACUUACUGGUCAUCAUGAAAAGUAUCCUCCCUCACACAGCUUUGGAAGAGAUUUACAGGUUUACAGGAAGCUACGCAUGUAUGGACAGCUUCAAAGGACGAACAUAAGAGGGAGACCCCCACACUGAUUCCACCUGAAUCUCGCAAGCAAGCUGGAAAAUGAACUUUGAACAGAAUGCGUGCACUGCAGGCCGCUCUGUGGAUGUUUUCCGUCAUAUCUUGCAUAAUGUUAAGAAUUGGAUCCACACAGUGGCAUUGGUCCUGAGCUCCCUCAAGGCAAAUUGUGUACAAUCAAACUGGACGUUUAAUGUGUGGACCAGAACAUAGUCAAGGUGACUUGUCCCUUCAGUUAAAUAUCAAAGUAUGUGAACUUGGAGUGUUGGAAAUGGUUCACCAGGAAUGCUACAUAGCUUCUACUCCUAAAUGAGACAGUUGCUGUCCUAUGUGAAUAUACCAGCUGUGUUUUAUUCACACUGUGGCAUUGACUCCUUACAGCUCCACUCGACUCUGUUUAAUGACAGGAAUGUCACAGAAAUUCAUCACUUUUCAUUUUAAAUCAUAUUGUAAAUUUUAAUAUUUAAACUGUAAUUUACUGUCUGGCCUAAAACCAUUAACUAUAUUUCUUCUUUCUUGGAUUUAGUAAAUGAAUAAAAUAGAAAACAGACUGUGUGUCUGGAGGAUGCUAAUGACUAGCUGCAUACUGGUGAAAAUCUUCGUAGGAACAAGUGUCAUUUAGCUUCUCCGACCAGUUUGGCUCUUCAGUGGCAGAUUUGUGAUCUAACUGUACAUUCCCCCACCAUUUGCUGCUUUAUCCCUCAGCAUUUUUGUUAAUGUUGAUUGAGCAUCACUGUUUGUGGAAUAGUCCCAAAAUACUACUGUUUGGAUGUACUAACCGUAUUGCAUACAAGGUGAAGGAGGACAUUCCCACUCUUAACUUUUCGACUGUCUCAAUAAAUGCAUUGCAGGGUUGAGUACCCGUA